GGGGCAGCCACGGUUAACAGAAUGGGGCCACAUCGCCCAAAGGCCCCCCAGACACCCUUAGCACCACAUCAGCUAAGACCCAUCUGUUAAAAGACGUAUCACUUGAAAAGGACAAGAGACACACACAUUAAAACAACUCACACUUAAAACAUUCACAGCGCCUGGGGCCACGCUCUCUGGCCCCCUGAAAUGCCAAGCAAGGAGGGGGCUCUUUUCCAUGGUGGCUUCUUUCUUAGCUUCAUUUGCCACCUUCCCCCGAUUUGGGAUCCAAAACGGUGGUGCCUCAAAAGCAGCACCUUUCCUUUGGCCUCUCAGGUGUCCUUGCCAGGACUUUCAGUCCCUGGACGGCUGCAUCCAGAGUACGCUGUCAGCGCUCUACCCGCCUUUUGAGGUGACAGCAGCGACGGUCCUGUGCCAGGUCUUUGAUGUGGUGGAGAAGAGCUACGGAGGAGAUGGCUUGCGCUACCUCACCGACUUCUUGAUCCCUGCCAAGCACAUCCUACAGUGCAUCCAGCAGGAUUCCUGUGUCCAGUAUUGUGGCCUCCUCUUCCGCCACGAGGGCUGGCCCCUCUGUAUCCAUGAGAAGAUUGUCAUCCAGCUGGCCUCCCUCGACUGGCAGGCCCUGAGGCCUGGAGAUUUCUACCUGCAGGUGGUUCCUCACUGGAAGAGGUCCCCGCGGAUUGUUGUGAAAUGCCUGGCCGGGGACAGGAGCCAUGUUGAGGAGCUGGCGAUCCCAGAGGUCUCCUACACCACCAUCUUCACCCUGGAAUGGCUGAACGGCGUCAACCGGGAGCGGUCAGGGACAGGCCUGCAACAUUGCCUGCUUGCCACAGACGGCAAAGUGCUCCGAGUGCCUUGGGACAAAAUAGUCAGCCCAGAGUUUACCAAUGAGCCCAAAAUGAUGGAGAGGAGCACAAGGCCAACCUCUACAGCUGAAAGGUCUUCUGCUCCAGGGUUUUCGGGGGACCAGCCUCAGGGCAGCCCUCCCUGUGCAGCAGAGGGACUCCAGCUUUUCCAUGGGCCAAAUUUGCCUAGAGAUGGAGCAUUCCUGGCCACGUGUGAGGAACCUGUGAGGACAGUGGCUCCAGGCAAGGCAAGCACAAUACCCAGGCUGGCUGAGGACACAGAGAGAGAGCUGGGAGGAAACUACAUGGAGCUGAGAGAGAUCUCCCAGCCCCAAACUCCGCCAGCCCCUCUCAGUUGUUAUUGCACUAAGACAGGGAUGGAGGCAGAGAAUGGGCCUGUGUCCCCUCUGGACAGGGACCCUUCCUUGAAUAACAAAGAUGGGUCGUCCCUUCCUUCAAUGCCAUCUGGACAACUGAGGACCUCUGAGACACAGGCCGGUGAUCCUGGAAACUGUUGGGAGGAUGGAGAUGAAAUGGGCAGUUGUGGCACAUGGCCCCCCAGGAGUCCUUCCUUGCCCCUGCUCCACCCAGUAGCCGCCCCUGCAGAACAUCCCCAUGCGGGGGCCUCAGAGACCCCUCCGGUGGGGCAUGAGCUGGACUGGAGGUAUGCCAUGUGCAGCUACCUCGAUGGGGAAGAUGCCGAAUGCCAGCCGGCCUCAGGAACAGCUCACGGGGGCAGCUCUGCACUGCAGCAGUGGGGUGGCAGUGGGUCUUCUGAAUUGGGUCCCACUGGCACAGCCUUUGGCCCAGCGGCUCAGCAGGGAGGGCAAGGAGGAGGCGGACAAGAUAGCAGUCCACAGAGAGACCGGGACGGGGGCCAUGUGAGCCCUGCGGAGGGGUGUCUCUUGAGGACUCCUGUGAGGGUGGGAGCUGCUGGCCACAGCCGUGGGGAGACCACUGGCCAACCCUGCCCCUCACUCACAACCAAUUCAUUCCUGCCAGAAGAAGCCUCCUUGGUUGGAAAGAUGGUGGUGCCUGGUCACCUUGACCAGCAGCUGCCAUCUGGGCUUCCCUCCCAGUUGGGCCCUGAUCAGCUGAAGGAACAGUGCUUUCCAGGGCAGAUGGAGGAGGCGAACCAAAGGCAAGCAGACCAGUUGGCAGAACCAGGCUGUGGAGCUGGUGGGCUGCCCAGGCCAGGCUUCCUGGAAACAGAGAGGUGGCUGAGCCCCAGGAGGGAGGAAGAGGAUGGCCGUGAGCCGUGGAACCAGUGUGCAUGCCCACUUUGUCCCUCCAAGGAGCCACAGUGCAGUCCUGCUGCAGAGGGGCCUUCGCCAGAUGCACGGGCAGAGGGGCGAUUUUCCAGCAAUGGCAGUGAGGAAGGGGCUGCAGCGCUCUGUCUGGACCAGCCACGUCUGCCAAGCAGGCCAGAGGCCUUCCAUUUGGGGACCUCAAGGGAGCUGGAAGGUUUAAGGGGGCAAAGAGGAGGAGCCCUCCCUCCAACUGCUUCUCCAGAAGAGGAUUCAGGCCUGUGGCCCCUCCUGGAACCUGGGCCCCAGCCUGGCCCCCUCCAGGCACCAGGCCAGCCUUCCCAUAGGGAGUUGAAGGAAGGGGACACCUCUGCACCAGCACCAUUGCCUACCCCCUUGGCACCACCAGCAGCGAGGUUGCCAGGUGGUCCCCCAAAUGUCACCGCUGAGGAUCCAGUUGCAGAGAAGGCCAGCGGGCAAACUGGCACAGUUGGCUGUCCCCAGGGAAAGGUCUCCUCACUGGGCCAUGAACUGCCCUCCUUUGCCUCUGAUGGGGGCCCCCUGCAAACUGCCGCAUCAUGGACGAAGGACGUAGAUUGGGAGAUACUCCGGAGUGGCCUGGCAUGCCUCCCAGGCACCAGAGACAGAUGUGGCCGGGCAGUGGUCAUCGUCACAAUGAGGAAUCCUGCUUGGCUGAACCCGCUCUGCAGUGCCAAUGAACUGGUGUGCCUCCUCCUGUACUUACGGAGCACUCUCAGGCCCCAGUGCCAGGCUUUGGGCCUGACUGUCCUGGUAGAUGCCCGGCGAUGUCCUCCGGCCCCAUCUCUCUUUAAAGCUUUAGCCAACCUGCAGGAUGCGGUCCCUUGCUGCAUCCAUGGAGUCCUCUUGCUGGCUGAGAAAGAUGCUGGCUUCCGGACAGAAAAAGUGGCUUCUGUGCAGUGUGAACUCCUCACCUCCAUGAAGGCUCUCCACAAGCACAUUGAGAGCACACAGCUUCCCUUGGAGCUGGACGGGACCUUCCCUUACUGCCACCAGGACUGGCUGCGCUUCCGCAGGCGCCUGGAGCACCUGCUGCAGGGAUGCCAAAGGGCCUGUGCCUUCCUCCAGAGGGCCAUACAAGCUAUGGGGUCCAGCAGAUGGCCAGAGAAGGUAGAGGAGGCUGAUGCCCUGCUGAAGAGUGACCAGCAAUUAAUGAAGACUGUCCUUGAGGAUGCCCGGCUGGUCCGGCUGCAGCUGGAAGGGGGGCCGCUCCUGGCUCGCCUCAGGAAGGAGGACUCCUGCGUGACGCUAUCUGAGGACUACCAACACGGGCUGGAGACAGCCACUGCCCUUUACAACCAAGUGGACGAGGGCAUCCACCAGCUGGUCCUGGCCUCCAACAAGCGCACCCGAACCCUGGAGCUAGUCAAAGACCUGGCAGCUUUUGAAGAAGCCUUUCGGGAGGUCAGCAGUUGGAUUGAGAAUGUGGGCCAGACGCGGCUGGCAGAGCUGGGCAAGCUGGGAACUUCCUUGGAGGCCCUUCUUCAGGCACGGAGGCAGUUCCAGGAUUUUGAGUUGGUUGCCAGUGAAUACUGCCGGAAGGGCCGGGAGGCACUGGGGAAGAUAAAGUGGGAAGAUUUCUCCUCUACAGAGAUGCCCGCAGGAGGUGCCGCCCAGCUACAGCGCUGCAGCCAGCAGCUGCGGGGCUUCUGCUGCCAACUAGAGGCUGGCAGGAACCGGCUGCAGGAGGCUGUCCGACUGUAUGAGUCCUUGGACCAGGCAACCGCGUGGGCCCAGGAGGGGAUGCAGCACCUGGCCAGCCUCAGCCUGGUGGAGUCCAGUGCUCCUGAAGACAGAAUGGCAGCCCAGGUGUGGCUGGAGAGCUCCAGUGGGCAGUGGCACCCAGGAUUCAGUGAGGCCAGGUUCCAGGAGAUGAAGGAGGUGGCGCUUCGACUGAAGAGCGGCAGUGCCCUGAAGCAGUGGCAGCUGGUUCGGGCCAAGUGCCAAGAGGCCACACUGGGCUUUCAGAGGAGGCUGGGUGCUGCCCUGAUGACUGGCAGCCCCUCCUCACAUCCAGACUGGGAGCCAUUGCGAGAGGGAGAGUGCUGCUGGCCUUGCCAGGAAGGCCAGUCCCCUUUGGAGGGGGCUGCAGAAGAGGGACCCUGCUCUGGCCUGGCCCCCUUCCACCCAUGGCCUGAGUGGACUAAGGAGAAAACUCAGGGCUGCUGCAGGGAUUGGGUGGCCUCUAGCCUAAGUGCUGUUGCCUCCGGUGUGCCUAAGUCCCUGAAUUCUGCACACAGCCAUAGCCCUGAGGCCAUGCAAAAGAGCAUUAUGGACCCUCGGGAAGAGGCCGCAGCCACAGGAACAACAGCACUGACCUCCCAUCCCGCAACUCCCCCAUUUGGGCGGCCCCUUCCCAAAAGGGUUCUGCGGAAAGCCCAGAGUUUUGAACUGGCUGGCACAGAGAGCUUGCGGCCGGGCUGCCAGCGGACCCUAAGUGAGCCGGCCCACUGUGGCAACAUCGGCGUCUUCAUCAAGGGCCUGGAGGUCAGCAGCACAGAAGUGGCAGGCAGGGGCUGCGGGGCCCGGCGGUGGCUCAGCUCCCCUGCGUGGUCUGUGGGCUGCGUGGAAGAGGAGGGGCAGCAGAACAGCAUCUCCACACCAGAGGCCAAGAGCUGGAACAGCCGACUGAGGCACAUAGUGGACGAGAUGGUGAGGACCGAGCGUGAGUACGUGCGCUCCCUGCGCUACAUCAUGGAGAGCUACUUCCCCGAGAUGGAGCGGCCAGACCUCCCCCAGGACCUGCGGGGGAAGCGGAGCGUCAUUUUUGGGAACCUGGAGAAGCUCUAUGGCUUCCACAGCCAGUAUUUCUUGAGGGAGCUGGAGAGCUGCUGCGCCCACCCGCUGCGCGUCAGCCACUGCUUUCUGAGACACAAAGACCAGUUUGGGAUGUAUGCGCUGUAUAGCAAAAACAAGCCCAAAUCAGAUGCCCUCCUGGCCAGCCAUGGGAACGCCUUCUUCAGGUCCAAGCAGAUGCAGCUGGGGGACAAGAUGGACCUGGCCUCCUACCUACUGAAGCCCAUCCAGCGCAUGAGCAAAUAUGGUCUGCUCCUCAAGGACCUCCUCCGGCAGUGUGGGCAGGGCCAGGAGCAGGAGCAGGCUGACCUGCGGGCCGCUGAGGAGAUGGUGCGCUUCCAGCUGCGGCAUGGCAAUGACCUCCUGGCCAUGGAUGCCAUCAGGGACUGCGACGUGAACCUCAAGGAGCAGGGACAGCUGGUGCGCCAGGAUGAGUUCAGCCUCUGCCUGGGCCGCAGGAAAUGCCAGCGCCAUGUCUUCCUCUUUGAGGACCUGAUCCUUUUCAGCAAGCCUAAGCGGGUUGAGAGGGGCCUGGAUGCCUACGUCUACAAGUGCUCCUUCAAGACGGCAGACAUCGGCCUGACAGAGAACUCCGGGGAGAGUGGACUGCGCUUUGAGAUCUGGUUCAGGAGACGGAAAUCCAGCGACACUUACAUCUUGCAAGCCAGCAAUGCGGAGACCAAGCAGGCCUGGACCAGUGACAUCGCCAGGAUCCUGUGGGAGCAAGCAGCCCGCAACAAAGAAAUCCGCAUGCAGGAGAUGGUGUCCAUGGGUGUAGGCAACAAGCCCUUCCUGGACAUCAAGCCAAGUGAAGCCGCCAUCCAGGACCGUGCUAUUGAUUAUAUCAUGAAAGGCCGAGGAGCAAGGACCCGGGCUUCCAUUGCUGUCUCCCUCUUUGACCACGCCGCCCCCUACAAGAGACCGCAGGUGCCUCUGCUGGCCGGCAGCCCCCCUUCGUCGUCCUCUUCCUCCUCCGUGCUUGGCCCCCUCAAUCUGCACAUGUACCUAGACCAGGCCCUGCUGCCAAAGCUCCUGGCCCACAGCCGCCCCUUCGAUGCCAGAACUUGCAGCGUGGAGGAGGACGAGAUGGAGAACGAGACCAGCAGCCAGCCUUCCAUGACAACUGAGAGCUCUGGGUCCUCCUCCCAGGGCCGCUCUGCCAGCGGCUCCGACAGCGGCUGCGUUUCCAGCGGCCCCCAGGAGAGCUGCCGCGAUGACCUACCAUGUUCGCCCUCCGUCCUGCCAGGGGACCAGCCUCAUUUCCUCAAAAGCCAGUAUGUGUCGGCGGUCUGAAGGCCACUUUCUGUGAUGUUUCAGAGGAUCCUGGAAGGAGGAGGAGCCUGGUGUGUGUCCUGACCAGACACUGGGAGUCCUCCAUGGCGACAACCCACGUCUGAACAUGGCUGCAGCCCAGGGCAUGAGGAGUGCCCUCUGCCUUGCCAUUUUGUGUUAAGAGUGGGUCAGUCUACUCCCUGCCUUCGCCUUUGAUUCAGGAGAGUGGCUCUGGGCGCCAGGGGAGGGUUGGGGCCUGAAGCCGCUUCUGUUAAGAAUUGCACAGGGCCAGGACAGACCAACUGACUGGCCGCUUGCCAUGGUUUUUGAACAACUGACUUGGUUUUAUUCUACAAGCUGCACAUUUUAAAGAGUUCUAAGCACAGAAGGAAACGAAGUAUUUAUUUUUUAGAAACAGAGCUGACAUCCUCUGUCCACUGAACCCUGUGAUCCAGGCCAGUUCUCUUUGUUUAGUGUUUGCCUGAUGUUGAGAUAAUUUAUUGCUUUGUCCUUCCAAUUAAUUCCUUCAUUAACAGAUUCCAGGGCUGCUUCCUCAGUGCCAGGGCGACCCACUUGCCCAUCCGUCUCUGCCUGGCAGGAGAAGGAGAAAAGCACGCAGCUCACCCCCCCCCCAAGCACUCCUGCUUUGGUGGCGGGUAGCUGCCUCUCUCCCCUUCGGUCUGCAUGGCAAGAUGGUGGUGGAAGGCUUGCGCUGUUGCAAAGGGCCAGGGGCAAAGUCGGGGGGGGGGGUUGUUUCCUGCCCCUUGUACUAAAAAGAACCCCAAAUUCCCUAAGCUGGGAACUCAACAGCCGUUUCCCCCUGAGGGGCUUGAUUUCAACUUGCAGGGAGUUUCUCUUGGGGUGCUCUUCCCUGGGACUUUGGUGGGGCAUGCAUGGGGGCCUUCUGCCACCCUCCUUGGCCCCCUCGGGACCACUGAGCCCCCCUGGAUGAUGGUGCAGGGCAUGGCUUGAGGCCGCCAUUGCUGUUCUGCUUCUCCUAGCUUUGCUCAGUUGCCUUGCUCUUAACCAAAUGCCCUUGUUGUUCAUAAACCCCACUGCUGUGGAUAUGGCUCUUAUUUUGUAGAGUUAUUUAAUAUGCUGGAAUUUCUUCAGCGGCCUUGUCUUUCUUCUAAGAAUUGAAUACUAAAGCCCUUUGAUACAACAGCACUGUGGAGGAGCAGGAAUGGCUGCAGGGGAGUCCAUACUUGCGUUUCUGUUUCUUGGCUAAUCUUCUGUUUUUCUUGAGGGAAGAGGCUUCCUGGGAAUGGAAGGGAGUUUGGAAUUGAUUUGGCAAGAGCCCUUAUCUCAUCCGCACCCGAAACCCCUCAAAUGAGGCUGUUGUUUUCACUGCUGGGGAACAAAUUCCUUCAUGUGUGCCUGGCACCAAUGUUAUUUUAAGGUUUGACUGAAUUACUAAAUAAUAAAAAGUUGCUUCUUCCA